CCUAGCCCUGGACACAGUCAGUACACAGAGCCCAGAGGCUGAGCUCAAAGAGAAACAAAAGGAACUGCCUGGGUCCCCGUGGCUAUGGCCAGCACCUUCAUACCAGGACUGAACCCCCAGAACCCUCAUUAUAUCCCAGGGUACACUGGACACUGCCCACUACUUCGGUUCAGCAUGGGCCAGACCUACGGACAGAUGACUGGGCAGCUACUUCGCGGCUCUCCUGGCCUCGCCUGGCCCCCGGCCCACCGCACACUUCUGCCUCCCAUUCAGCCUCCAAGAUCCCCCGAGCCUUGCAGGAGAAGCCUGCCUGUCAGGCGUGGACACGAAAGGCUCAGCUCCAGCAUGGUCCCCGGGUACACAGGUUCGGACACAGGUUUUGUGCCACAGGCACAGUUCAUCUUUGCCAAGAACUGCAGCCAGGUCUGGGCUGAGGCUCUGAAUGGUUUUACUCAGAGGAGCAGAGAACAGGGGAGUCAGGAGCUGCCCAAAGAGGCCAAGGGAGAAAAAGAUGUGGAGAAAGACCAAGAGCCAAAGCUGGAGGCGGAGCUGGAGGCGGAAAAGGAGCCGGAGCUGGGGCAGGAGGCGGAACAAGCUUCCCCCUAUUCCAUGGAUGACAGAGACCCUCGCAAGUUCUUCAUGUCAGGCUUCACUGGUUAUGUGCCCCGUGCUCGCUUCCUCUUCGGCUCCAGCUUUCCUGUGCUCAGCAACCAGGCGCUGCAGGAGUUUGGAGAGAUGAAGUCACCGGGCAGGUCCCGGAAGGAUCCUAAGCAUCUCCCUGCACUGUCCCGGACCUACCCUCAGCACCUGGGCCUUUUACCUAAAUACGGGGGCUAUGUGCCAGAUGACAGACUCUUUUGGCUACACAGGGUAUAAGUUCCAGUUUGGCCGCACGUAUGGGCAUCUCACCCAGGAUGCUCUGGGUCUCAGCACCCUCCAGAAGCAGCUCCUGGUGUAGGUACCUGGCAUUUAAGUUCUCUCUUCCCUUGUCGUCCUAUCCCAGCCAUCCUUUUGGAAAGAAGAAAGGUGGGUUGGCAGGUGGGAGGAAGCACAAAGAGAGAACAGUUUGGAGGCCGAGCACCUUUUUUAUUAAUAGGUGUAAUAAAUAAAUAAAUAAAUACAUAAACAGAA